AUGAAUUCUCGAAUCUCGUAACGACAUGUAAACAACAACCGCUAGCUUUGCCCCUGGACAAUGCACUCGCACAAUUGCCAAUGUCAAUUCCACCAUUUUUCUUUCUUUUCACAGUAUGAAGGUAUGUCAGGUAAAAGCUAGGAUCAAGUACAGACAUGUUUUGAAUACUAAGUAACAAGUAGAUCUAUAAAUUGACUUUCGAAAGAGAACAGCAUGACUUCCAAAUCAACAUCUGACGCUGCUGAUGACAAGAGCGACGACGAGAAUGAGAAUGGCACCGGAGGAAGUCAUGGAAGUGGGGGAGUUCUGUUUUACGUCAAUAAAGAUGGUUUUCCCAUGACUCACCAAACAUUUGAAAAAAUGUUUAAUCAUUGUGCAAGGAUUCAUCCAGAUAAAGAAAAGAUGGUGGAAAAGAUUCAAGGCAACAAAAACUUACCGAAGGUUCCUGUUCCGUCAGUCCCUGCUGUGCACCUUUACCAGUCCGUUGGAGCAAGAUUAGAAGCAAUCCAGGACUAUAUGAAAGAACUACAAUACAAUCACACUGGUAUGCAGUUUUAUGAAAUUAAAAAGAACAGGCCAUUAUCUGGUUUAAUGGAUUCUGCUAAAGAAAUGAUUAGGGAGUCGCUACCCAUCAAAUGUUUGGAAGCUGUAAUUCUAGGAAUCUACUUGACAAAUGGAACCCCAGGAUUAGAACGGUUCACAAUAAGUUUUAAGACUCAAUUCCAUGGGAAUGUCCAUAGACAUGUGGUACUUGGUUUGGUUCAUAACUCACGCUAUGGUGCUCUUGGUAUGAGCAGGAGAGAAGAUCUCAUGGAUAAACCGCUUGAAUUCAAGUCACUAUCUGAGCUGAUCUUUAGCUACCAAGAUGCAUAUAAGAAAUAUUGGCAUGUAGUGAAGAAACUGAAGGUUGGAUUACCAAUCGCUCAUGAUCCACAUAGCUUUGAACAGAUACAAUGGCGGCAUCUGUCUCUUAACAUGUGGAAAAUGACCCGCACUGAAGCAAGCAAGGAGAUUGACAAAUAUGCAAAAGAUAUGAGAGCAUGUUACAAAUCAAGUCGCUCAGGGCAGUCCAACUAUCAGUUUGUCCAGGAAACCAACCCUUACAACUCACCUCGUAGGAAUCCUAUUCCUAGUACUCCUAGGGUUAAUAGACCAUCCUCUCCCAUCGUUGUCAGGGUAACACAAGCUGGAGCUGAUGGUAGUGAUGAUGAUGGACCAGUGGUAGAAAAAAGGUUAACAGGUGGUGGAUACGAAAUCAGAAUAUGAUACCGAUAUUAAUCACUAACCCAUUGCCUAAUGGAGCACAAGAUAAAUACUAUAUGUGUGGGAAUUACAGAAAUCAUCUGUCAAUUGGUUGAUUGUCUUUUAUUACAGGCGCCUGCUUCAUGAGGACUUCUUAUUAAUUCAUAGUUUCUAUCACAAUUUUAUGGUCAGCCAGUCAGAUUGAAUGAUGUCAGUAGCUUUUAACUGUUAUUGCAAAUUUGUUACAGUAACAAGUUUUAUGAAAUGAGCUUCUGAUCUAUGUAGAAACAUGAUAUAUAGUAUUUAAGGUAUUUAUCAUCUGUAAAUGAAAACAAAAUAUUUUAUAACUGUCAGUGACUGUAUCGAAAAGUAAUCAUGUGGUUCAAUUGUUGUUUGUAUUAUGAGAGAGCAAGGAGGGAGGGAGGGAGAGAGAAAGAUAAGAUAAAGAAAGAAGAGAGAAAAGAGGAAGAAAGAAGCAAGGUUCUGAAGAUAAUUUUUGUGUGAAAAUGUUGAAACAUUUAAGGGAGAGAGAUGGAGAAGAAACUUAAGAGAAAGCAGUGCAAUUGUCAGAGACAUGGGUAGAAGAGAAACUGAGAGAUGGUAAAAUAGAAGACCAAAUGAGAAAGCAAAAAGACAAAAAAAAAACAUGGAUUAAGACAGGGGGUUGGGCAAGACAUAAAAGCAUGAAGAACAGAAUAAAUGCUUUAAUGUGUUUUUUGCAUUAUGCCAAAAUAAAUCUACAUUUCCAAGGAUUAAAUUGCGAUUAGUUAUGCAUUUAUAUAUCACAUUGAUCCAAAUGUUUGUCUUUCAAUCCCAAUCAAUAGCUGCUUUCAAAAAAUAUAGCUAAUAACCAGUCAUUUUUAUUCAGUUUUAUACUAUAAGUACAGAGCAUCACAGGAAAUAUUAAUGAAGAUUCAAAGACUUUUAUCUUCCUUGUUAAAAUUUGAUACCUAUACAUUUGUUGUAAGUAUUUAUGUUGUAUAUUAUGUAUUUAGUAUUUAUUUGUAUUCUUUGUUAAAUUAGUUAUACAUGUUAAUUACUUGAUAUUUUUUUACAAAAUCUCCAAAUUGGCUCUUUACUACUUUUCAUUGUCUUUCAUAUUGAAUAGUGUAAUGGACUUGUCAUGAGCCAAUUUUGUCUCUGCAAUUUGUUUCCGUCCGAUGUUUACCGUUCCAUCCAUUGUUUGAAUAUUUGAAUGCUGAAUAUUAGUGCAUCGAUUCUCACUUCCUUGCUUUAAUACCAGCUCAGACACUUUACCAGGGGGCCACUUAACUAUAUUGAUGUAACAUGAAGAACUUAAUCAGGAAAACAUUGAUUUAGGUGGUUGAAAUGCAAAAGUGAAUUGUAUGUGAUGUAUUAGUGUGUUGAAAACACAACAUGAACAAUAACAGAAGAAACGUAAGAGAUCUAUGCAAAAAAAUAAGAAUGUGUUGCUGAGUUCAUCAUUUUGCUAAUUGGAUAUUUUUUCAUUCAUAUCAGUUGGAUUUUUGUGCCACCUAGGAUUCUGUGAUAAAGGGCAUUCUAUAUUGGCAUUACAGUUAUGGGGGGAGCAGUUACAAUUUAAAUGAAUUGUGAAUAAAGUAUAAAUUUGACCUAUAAAAUGCAUUUAGGGAGUCAUUUUGAUUUUGAACACCUGUGAUCAUGCAUGUAUACAGCAUUGUGGUUAAGUGGCCCAAGGUUUGAUUUGUUUAAGGAGAAUUUGAGACUCUUUGAUCAUUAUGAAUUGACUUUCUGCCAUUUAGAUGAUGUCUGAAUUUGGAGGUUGAUAAACCCCACUGUAAAUUGUGUUAAUUUGUAUAAAUUACAUAUUGCUCACACAAACAACACAUUUUAUAUUUGUAUACUUGUAGUAUGAAUACUUCCAUUAAUAGUACCGUCCAAAUUCAUUUUUAUAAAAAAGUACCGUCCAAACUUUGUCUCAUCUUGUCAACUUUAGAAUAUGAUAUAAUGCAAGUUAUUUUAUCUUGACUUCUAUGAAUUUUUUUAUUAUUGCAGGAAAUUGGUGGAUGAAAUUUAACAUUUGUUUAACUGAAAUAAAGAUUUAAUAUCUGCCUA